CGAUGAACGAAAAAAGUGUCAACCUUCCUGAUGUCUUGCGAUGGCUCAAACUAAUGAAAAACGAAGAUAAAAGAUUUAAAAAUCAUUAGAAAUGCAAAUAUUUAAUAGGACAUGCACAGCAAGGAAUCUCUGCAAUCCAUUUCACCACUAAAUAUGGACUACCCGGCCGUCUGUUUCGCGUGAGAAGUCGAGAUAAAACAAACUGCGUUGGAACAGUAUGAUGUGGACUACUGCGCGCGAAUAUUACCACAUUAAGCACAAUCUAUGCAGAAAUCAAAAGCAAAAUCAUUAAAAGUAUGCUGUCCAUUGGAAUAGAAGGUUAAACAAAAAACAACAUGGAGGCGGACCAACUGAAUUUGCAGGAAACGCUUGUCAACAAAACAAAUGACCAUGAUUCCUUCAUCCGAGACAUUCAGGACAAUCUUCCAUCUUCAUCCAUUUAUGUGUUUUUCUUGUCCAUAUUUCUUGCCCAGGCCUGGGUUGUUUACAUCACCCUCUACAAUUCACGAGUGUUUGGGUUAAUUAUUACUGUGAUCAUCAACAAGUUUGUGAAAUAUGGGCAUAUUAAGUUUGGGUCAUUUUCCUUCUCUGUGUUGUCUGGGAAAAUUAUGCUGCGAGAUUUUCAUUACAUAACGGAGGAUUUCUCAGUACGGAUACAAUAUGGAUGGAUUAUUUUUAAAUGGUGGCAGAAGUAUAUUCCAAAAGAUCUUAAUGAAGAUUUAUCACAUAUGGAAACAAGGGUUCAAAUGUUUUUGGAUGGCUUUCAAGUUCAUGUCUACAAUAAAACAGGCACAUACGACAGACUUGAUAAAUUAUUUGGUGGGACUGCCGAUUUAAGUGAUCUAGUGGAGGAAGUUACUCCUGCCAAAAACAACUCAGGGUUAUCAAAUGUAAACUGGAGAGACCUCAUUCCAGUUAUCAAAGUAGAAAUGUCCUCGGGAAGAAUAAUAUUUGGAAAUCACCUAGUCCCCCACUCCCUGAUCUUCAGUUUUGAGGACGGACAUUUCACCUACACGACAAAGCCAGCCUCUACACCGUUUGACCAGUUCAUGCAUGAUGCCAUCGGUAAAGCAGACAAUUUUAAACUGAUGUUUGUACAAAGUAACAAAUACACAGGACCACUUGAUGAAGCACCUCGGUACAUGGGAGAAGGAUUUAUUGUUCUACAGACUAGAAAGAUAGAUGUACAUUUUUAUAUGGAUGAACCAGGAAUUGUCCCUUAUGAGCCAGAGAGUGUAGAGCUAGCGGAUGGAGAGACAGUUGUACGGAGGACCUAUCCUUGUCUGGGGAUGGAUGUCAAGUGUGGAAAAAAUACAGACAUAAACUAUGGGCCGUGGGUAGAUAAACAAAGGGAGUUGCUGUGGAAGUUUUUCUAUCCUGCUGACUAUCAGGAUAUGGUGCCAACAGAAGAGGCCAAACCAGGGGAAUACAGGAAUUAUAAGAAGUUUGAGUUCAUGAUUAACCUAAUGCAGACCUCCACCGUAGACAUUCUGUUCACUAAAGACUCUGAGACCCAGGCAAUUCACAUGGGCACAGGUCAGGGGUCAUACAUAGAGGUCACAGUUCCCUGGGUCACCAGUCCCGAGGGUUACACCACCACAGUUCAUGGUCAGCUUCUCCUUGUGGACGCCACUACCAGUCUACAAUACAGGUCACUGGUGGAGUGUGAGACAUUUGAGUUCACAGUAAAAGCCUUUUACCCAAUAACAUGGAAUGGUCACCAGGACUGGACCUGUGAUUUCAUAGCCUGUAAAACUACUGUCUGUCUGAUAUUUGAACACAAACAUUUCUUCACAGACCUGAUCAAUGAUUGGUCGGUGAAGACGGUCCCUGACAUUUAUCACUUCGUACCCUACACCUGGACCAUUAACCUACAGAUCAAGGAGUUUGAGCUGAUUUUACUGACCAACGAAUACAACUGGAUCGACACCUCAUCUCAUCAACCAGAAAAUGCUCACAUAGCAUUCUGCGGUGACCUGAUAUAA